UCAAAAAGGGGACGAGUAGUAGUGAAAAUUUUCACAGAAGCCGCCGCUAUUGAGAGAUAGCACGGAACAUAACAGUACUAGAGUUCAGAUGUUCUCUUCAACCAUUUCUCGUUGCUUUAACCGAAUUUCUCUUCGCUCCCGCACUCAAAUUCUUCUCUUUCCCACUUCCUAUUUCCACUCUAAUCCUCACAAUUUUGACCAAGAAACUGUACACAACACUCUCUCCUCCUACGCCAAUGACUGGAACCGCGCAUUCGAGUUCUUCAACUGGGUCGAAACGGACCACCAAUUUAAUCACACUACCGAAACCUACAAUCGUAUGAUUGAUAUCUUGGGUAAGUUCUUUGAAUUUGAUCUCUCUUGGAACUUAAUUCACCGCAUGAAACAAAACCCCCUUUCACUUCCCAAUCAUGCCACAUUUCGUGUCAUGUUUAAGCGUUAUGUAAAUGCGCAUCUUGUUAAUGAAGCAGUUGAUACAUUUAAUCGAUUGGGUGAGUUUAAUUUGAGAGAUGAUACUUCGUAUUGUAAUUUGGUGGAUUCUCUUUGUGAGUAUAAGCAUGUGAUUGAGGCUCAAGAAUUGUGUUUUGGGGAGAACAAGAUUGUGGGGUUUAAUAACAAUUGUACAAAGAUUUAUAAUAUGAUUCUUAGAGGGUUGUUUAAGAUGGGGUGGUGGGGUAAGUGUAGGGAGUUUUGGGAGGAAAUGGAUAAGAGAGGUGUUGUUAAAGAUUUGCAUUCGUAUUCAAUAUAUAUGGAUAUUGUGUGCAAGAGUGGGAAGCCUUGGAAGGCAGUGAAAUUGUACAAGGAGAUGAAGAAGAAGGGGAUUGAGAUUGAUGUGGUUGCAUAUAAUACAGUUAUUAAUGCCAUUGGGCUCUCGGAGGGUGUUGAUUUUGCAUUGAGGGUAUAUCGUGAGAUGCAAGAGUUUGGUUGUAAACCUAAUGUUGUGACUUGCAAUAUCAUUAUCAAGCUUUUGUGUCAGAAUGGGAGGAUGGAGGAAGCAUAUGAGUUCCUUGGUAAAAUGCCUAAGAAGGGUUGUUUGCCAGAUGUGUUUACUUAUCAUUGCCUUUUUCGAUGUCUUGAGAAGCCGAGGGAGAUUCUGAGAUUGUUUGAUAGAAUGAUUGAAAGUGGGAUUCAGCCAAAGAUGGAUACUUAUGUGAUGCUUUUGAGAAAGUUUGAGAGAUGGGGUUUUCUUCGACCAAUUUUUGUGGUGUGGAAGAAGAUGGAAGAGCUUGGGUGUAGCCCAGAUGAAUUUGCUUACAAUGCUUUGAUUGAUGCUCUAAUUCAAAAGGGUAUGCUAGAUGAGGCUAGGAAGUAUGAUGAAGAGAUGUUAGCUAAAGGUCUUUCACCUAGGCCAAGAGCAGAGUUGGGAACAAAGCUGGUGCAAGGAGAGGAUUAGAUGGUGGAUCAUUAUGUGAGAACAAUGUUCAUUCAGAAGACGAUUUUAGUUUCACCCAGAUCCUAUUAACAGAGAAGUUAACACAACAUUAUGAUGAUGUUAAUGCAAGGGUGAAUGUUAUAUUUGAUGGGAAAUCAGGAAGGCAACUUUGCAAUUAAGAUCACACCUUGCCGAAUCCUAAUGACAAGCAAGUAUGUGAUCAUGUGGUGUCUGCAAGAGUUUUGGCUGUGUGAUUAAAUUUUGGUAGAAGAAGGUGCUUUCCUCAUGAGUUUACAUAAUACUAGUUGAUGUGGUUGCAAGAGUUUUGCCUAUGCGAUUAGAUUUUGGUAGAAGAUGGUGAUAUCCUCAUGAGUAUACGGAAUGCCAUUGACGAUGCUGCAAACAUCGCAUCCAGGUCUGGACAUGAUAAAUGAUGUAGCUUGCAAUUGUUAUACGCUGCAUCGAUCAUCUGCUCUUGUGAAAGUUUGUCAGUGCGUUCAGUAGCCUUGCUUCAGCAAACUCUGUUUUUCUUCAUAGUAUUUAAACACUUUUGUAUGGAGGCAAGUCAUAAGCUUUUAUUCUUUUUAUACCCUGGCUAGCAUUUGAAGCUUUUAUACUUUGUUGAUGCUAUUGAAAGUCAUAAACAUGUGGUUUUAUCUCUUCUGUAAUACUAUAAAUUAGUUGUAAUGUUAUAUUAGUUUUUCAGUAAUAUACAAGUUUCUUUCUACUUUUCU